CCUUCGAUACGUGUUAUGUUCGCGUUCAAAACCAGGCAACGAAACGAUCUGUGCAAGUGUUGUACUAACCUUCCUCGGUUGUCACGAGUGCAUUGCGAGACCUUUUCGUGCCGUCUUUACGUCUGUGAGUGGGCCUAGUCUUUCUUUGAUUGUAAGAGGCCGCGAAAUUGAACCCUCUACUGUCCGAUAAGGAACGGCGGAGAGCGAUCACGAUUCCCACCAACAACGACCUGGAAGACCCCGAGAUAAUGCUUGAGGUCAUCUCUGUUGCUACAAUGGGAGACCAGAUCAGCUGUGUCAUAUGCAAAGAGAUAUACGCAAGUGGAGAAAGAGAACCCGUGAUGCUACCUGAAUGUGGUCAUACCUUCUGCAGGCAUUGCCUUACUAGUCUCCCUGAAGUUAUUUGCCCCGUCUGCAAGAGACUCCACAUCGGGAAAUCUGUAGAAGAUUUGCCAAUAAAUUUCGCUCAGUUAGGAAUAUCAGACUACCUGUCGAAUGCAAAGGAGAGGGAAUACCUUGAAAAAUGUCCCGAGCAUGGCUUGCCACUCGACCUAUGGUGCACAGAUUCCGAGAGAGAGAUUUGCACAAGGUGUUAUUUCGAGGAAACAAAACGGUCGCACGAGCAGUUUAUAAAUAUUGAACAAAAAAGGCAGAAGGCAGUCAGUAUUAUAGAAGGGAGAUCGCUCAUUCUAAGCCAAGUCUACUUAGCCUUAAAGCAUUCCUUGACCAUGGAAAGGGAGAAUAGUUGCCGGAACAUUUACACAAAGAGACUGAAUGAUAUUCUAAAAGGUGGAAGGCCAUUUUUAGGAAAGCUAGAAAAGCUCAAAAUGCUGUUGUCUCCCGCUGACAACGAGCCAGCCAACUAUGCCGACAAUAGGGAGGGUGAAGGCCAAGGUAAGAAGACCACUUUUUGUGUUGCCUUGAACACAGAUGGCCGGAAAGCAAGACUGACCUGGGAGCAAGGAAGCCUUAAUCUUCACGCUCUAUCUGAUGAAGAUGUCGACGCUCACAUCAUGGUGAAGAUGACUGAUAUUCUUCUGAUGAUCCCACAAGAAGAGCCAACGGUGUUCCUGGACGUAGCCAACGCAACUGGCAAUCUGGGCCGCAUCUGCAUCAAGGUUUGGUCUAACUUGCGCCGUGGCCAGCAGUUCCUAGCGUUGUGCCAGGGUCAUCUCGGCCCCACGCUCAGGGGGUCAACAUUUCUGGAUGCCGUGUCUGAAAGCGGGACUAUAUGCCUUCGCGGUGGCCGUUAUCUGAGCGAAGACGGCCCCACUUCAAGGGCGCUGAUGGAUAACCUCGAGUGGGACGGAAUCCAUCAACUACCAGGACGCAAGGGUUACAUUACGGGCUGGAGUUUCCAAAAAGAAGAGGAUGAAACUCUGUUUGGUAUAUUAUUGAAUGACUCUUUUAACGAUUUUUGCUGCCCCUUUGGCGAGGUAGUUGAAGGCUUGUCAGUGGUAGAGGAAGUUGCCAAUUGCAGCGCGGUAGAAGAGGUAACCAUUGUGGAAGUGGGGAGAGUGAUUCCUGAGUUCGUCACUGAUGAAUAGCUGUAACUGGAUAAAUGCAUUUAAGUCUGUUUUAGGGGAAAACAUAGAGGUGGCUUACCUGCAUCUUGUAUCGCACGCGCGCGCGCACACACACACACACACACACACACACACACACACACACACACACACACACACACACACACACACACACACACACAUAC